AUGUCGUUUGCGCACCACAGCUAUGCCGCCUUCCGACCAAUAUACCCAGCUGAACUCUACCAGGCCGUGCUAGGCUAUCACCAGGGAACACACAAGGCGCAGCAUCGUCUCGCCGUUGAUCUUGGGACGGGCCAUGGACUCGUAGCAAGGGAACUGUCACCGCAUUUCGACCACGUCAUAGGCAGCGACCCCUCGGCCGGCAUGGUGGCGCAAUCACAGAAACUGUCGGGCCAAUAUUCCAACGUGAACUUCUUCCAGGCACCCGCGGAGUCCUUACCCACGAUCAAGGCGCAAGAAGUCUAUCUUGCCACAGGGGCUCAGUCUGCACACUGGUUCAAUUAUCCGAAGCUCUGGCCAGAGCUUGCGCGCUUUGUCCCGGCCGGUGGGAGUAGCGUUUUGGGGCUACAAGGACCACGUCCUGGUCUCGUACCCAAAGGCAAGCGAGGCCGAGGUAUUGUUCAGGACAAGCUGCACGCUGUACUUCCGCCCUCUAGUGAUUGGGGAGAGUGGCCUCAGCAUGCGCUUCAUCGGCGCCAAGAUGACGCUUGGCGCCAUGGAGGACAAAAAUUCGCCGAUCGCGCGCGGCGUGGGCCGGAAGGGAAUGGGCGAGGAGAUAUUAUCGACGAGAUGAUGGAUGAAGCCCGGGAUGUGGAGCCGGCGCUGCGCGAAUCGAACGAAAAGCCUUGGAAGGAGAUCCAGGUGGAUGUGGAGUGGGGGAGCGCGUUGAUCCUGGCACGCAGAUUGGCCUGA